AUGGCGCAGGUUCUCGAAUAUGCCAUGCAGGCUCGGGACCGGCUCAAAGACUUCCGCGAGACGCGUCUUUCGACCGUGCGCCCCCUGAGCGAGUUCGUCGACUACCACCGCAUCAGUCGCCCGCGGGAUACCAACGAGGCCGUGCAACGUAUCACGUACAACACGCGUCACUUUUCGGGCAAUUAUGCGGUGCUCAUCGGUGUACUGGCCGUGUACGGAAUCAUCAUGGACCCCAUCCUGAUUCUCGCUGUCGGCGUGUUGGUCGGUGGAUUUGCGGCGAUCAACCGCUUCGCUCCGGAGCCCAUGCAGGUCGGCAACCACGUCGUGACGCAAAAGAGCUUGUACGCUGCUCUGCUCGUCGUCGGCCUCAUCCUGCUCUGGUUCGCGAACCCCUUUGCGCUGAUCUUUUGGCUGGUCGGCAGCAGUGCGUUCCUUAUUCUGGGCCAUGCGGCGUUCAUUGAGCCGCCAGUGUCGAGCGAAUACGCAGGCGUCGAGUACUACCAUAGAGUUGCGACACUCGAGGGUUAUUUGAAGCAAGUCGCGCCGGACGCGCUCGGCGCGCCGGGGCCGAGCGAGGAAACGCGUCUGUUGCGUGGGAUUAUCGGCGGCGCGUCGUUCGAGGAGUGCGGCACGCCGCCCGAGUGGAUGGCGCGCCUCGAGGAGGAGGGCGUGUCGAUGGUCACGCAUGCACAACGUGCGAUUCUGACGCAGGACGGCCGGCGGCGCGCCGAUCUCUUGACGUUGGGCUACCGACGCGACUCGGUCGAGGCGUGCAUCUCCAAUACGCACCCGAAUACCGUACUUACUAGCAUGCUCACGAGCCCGGCAUGGCACAGGAUCCUGGCGCGUAUGGGGGCGCACCGUUUCUACCACAUGCUGCGUACGACGUCGUACUUUGUGCCGCUCGAGAGCGACGAUUGCUUUGCGCAGAUGUGGGGCGAGCCGCUCACGGAUUUGUCGGUCCUCGCGAAGCGCAAGGCGGCGCCCGUGCCGUGCAAGCGGCGGCGGCGGCGCAAGACGAGCCGCGUCACUGAAACGCCGACAACCCCUGCAUCGUCCCUCUACUUUCGCCGCGGACGCCUAUUUUAUACACGAGCCAUCCAGCGCUACCGGUACGGCAUCGUGCUCGGCCUGCCUCCCAGUCAUGUGUUGUAUACCCAGGGUAGCUUGCGCAGGCGCACCGCGGCCCUCGCUCGCACAAUGUACCCCCUGCAGUUCCAGCGAGUGCCGCUUUGGCACGCCAAGCCAAAGUCUACGCGGCUGGGACGCUGGCCGAAACGGCUCGGCGCGCUGCGCCCUGUGCUGCGCUCCCUGCUCCGCCGGCACGACCGCUUUCACUAUGCGGCGGCCCUCGAGGCAUGCUGUCCAUCGAUGCUUCCCCGCGGCGCAAAGGUCGCCGACAUGGAAGAUAUCCCCGAGCCUGCGCCCGCACCCGCGCCUGCGAGUACGCAGGCGUUUGCCGCGCACGACUCGGUACGUGCGCGGCGCAUGCAGCAGCAGCUUGCCAAGGUGCGCAGCAAAGGCGAGCCGCGGUUUUACCAGUACGCGACCUCGCUCGGGCGUGUGUGCUGGUUUGUGCGCGUCGUCCUGCGGCGCGUCGUCCCGCUGUCGCUGUACGGCUCGGCGGAAAACCGAAAUGUCGUUCUUGCUUCUGCGGCGCGGUUUGUAUGCGCACGGCGGGGCGAGCGGCUGCAUCUGCACGACGUGCUGCAAGGAUUCCGCACAUCGCACUGCGCAUGGCUCGGUACGGGAAAAGGGCCGGCGUCCGAGCACAAGAAACGCACUGAGCUCGUGCACGAGACGCUGUUCUGGCUCUUUGAGCAUUUCCUCCUCCCCCUUUUGCGCACGACUUUUUACGUGACCGAGGCAGCGGCAUUUCGGCAGCGCGUACUCUACUUUCGGCAGGAUCUGUGGCACCGCGUCAGCGCGCCACUUGUUGCGCGGCUGCGCGACCGGCUCUUUGAGCGUGUCCCGAACGCGGCCGGCGCGCCGGUCGCGCAGGUGCGCCUCCUCCCCAAAGACACGUCCAUUCGCCCGAUCGUCAAUUUGCGGCGGCGCACGCUCGACGGCGUGUCGGUCAACGCGCAGCUGCAGACGGCCUUUGACGUGCUUGCGCUCGAGGCUGCACGUACGCCGCGCGUCUAUGGCGCGGCCGUGCACGGUGCCAACGGCAUUUAUACCCGCUUGCGUGCCUAUAAGGCGUCGCUCGAAGCGCGUUUCGGCCAUGUGCCGAUGCUGUACAUGGUCCGUGCGGAUAUUCGCGCCGCGUUCGACUCGCUCGAUCACGCGCAGCUCGUACGGCUUGUGCGGUCGCUGCUGGCAGGCCAGGGCACGUACGUUGUCCAGCGGUACAUGCAGCUCAAACCUGGGCUCGGGCGUGUAGCGCGCAACGCCGUGCGCCGUGCGUGGGACGACGAAGCGUACCCCUCGUUCCUACAGACGCGUCCGUCGGCGCGGCAUGCCGUGCUGGUCGACAGUGUCGCGUAUGCGCUCACGGAUAGCGAGCAGGUCCUGCGGCAGGUCGAGGCGCACGUCACACGGAGCCUCGUGCGGUUUGGCUCGGAGCUGUACCGGCAGAAAACGGGCGUGCCCCAAGGCUCGGUGCUCUCGACGAUCUUGUGCAAUCUUUUGCUAGGCGAUGUCGAGCGCACGAUGGAGGUCGAUGGGUGCUUGAUGCGGUACACGGACGACUUUCUCCUCCUUACACCGUCGCGCCGCGCCGCCGAGAAAUUUUGCGUGGCGUUGCACGAAGGAUUUCCCACGCAUGGCUGCUACAUCGCGCCGGAAAAGACGCUGGUCAAUUUCGAUAUGGUGUGCGGCACGACGCUCGUACCGCGCAUUGCGGCUCACGACCCGGUGCCGUGGUGCGGAUUUGAAAUUAGCCCCACAACGCUGUGUGUGCGCGCAGACCCCCGGCGAUACCCCUACCACUUUGGGGACACCCUGACGGUGCACGCAGGUGCGCGCCCUGGCGACGCGCUCGUGCACCGAAUGUUGCACGCGGUGCGUGCGCGAACGCACGUCCUCUUUACCGAUACGGUGCUCAACACCGAGCACGGCGCGUACCGGAAUCUGCUCGAGGGCUUUGCCGUCGCUGCCGUCAAGCUGCACACGUACUGCCGCGCGAUGCGCCCCCGGCGUGCCUCGCCGCAGCUCUUGCUCCGUGCGAUUGAGCAGGCGGUGCGGAUGACCUAUCCCAUGGUCAUGUCGCGCAUCGAGCUCGCCGCCGCAAGCAUGCACCUCGGCGCGGAGACGUCGGUGCAGCGCAUCUCUGUCGAGUGGCUCGGGUACUUUGGCUUUUACCAAGUGCUCGCGCCCCGCGCCGUGUAUGCGUGGGUCUCUGCGGCGCUUGCCGCGCGUCUGCGCGCCUCACGGUACGGCGCGGCCCGCCGCAGUGUCGGGCGCAUGGCGCUUGCACAGUGGCCAUUGAUCGCAGCCGAGCUCGAAGGUCGGUUCUAG